CAUUUUUGUGACGUGGUGCGAACACCUGAGAGAUUUGAAAUGUUGAUACUUAUAAUUCUUUGCUUUGCUGGGGUUGCUGAAUCUGCAGCUGACGGCGCAUCUUCACAUUCAGAAGUCUCACAGCAAGCACGAUCUUCCAGGGUUGUACGGGGUCAUGACACCUGCUACCAUAAUGAUCACCAUUACAGAGAUAUUUUCAACAAUGCAGAAAGAGAAAACUGUAAUACACCUUACUCAAUGUUUGAAAACUUGGAUUACCUACGACGACACAAUCAUCAAUGUCUUGACACUUUAGUUCGGGCAAUAGCAAAUCUGCAUUUACCUGAGUGUGACUGUCAUCAAGCACACAUACAUUAUCCGCAACAAGGAGAUUAUAAUCAUUACUCUAGAUGUAAGGAGCACAAUGUCUAUCGAGGUAAGAUAAUGUGUCGUAUUUAACAAACCU